AUGUUGAGAGAAGUCGUUUACUGUGGUGUGUGCAGUUUCCCACCAGAAUAUUGUGAAUUUAGUGGUAAGCUAAAACGUUGUAAAAUUUGGCUACAAGAGAACCAUGCAGAGCUGUUUGAGAAACUGUACUCUGGUGAAGAUGCUGAAGUGGAAGGUGUUACUGGUAAACUAGCAGAAUCGAGUAUCGGUGAGAAACGUGAGGAAAAAUUGGAGAAGGACCUGUUGAAGAUGCAAGCAAAGGAAGAGAACAGAGAACAAAGGGAAUUGGCUAAGAAACUUUCAUCUAAGAUUAUUAUUAAGCGUGAAGCUAGAACUAAGCGUAAGUCCGUCGUAGCUAUUUCCGGAUUAGAAGUGUUUGAGAUUGAUAUGAAGAAAUUAGCCAAGACAUUUGCAUCGAAAUUCGCAACUGGAUGUUCAGUCUCUAAAAAUGCUGAAAAGAAAGAAGAAAUUGUGAUUCAAGGUGAUGUUAUGGGGGAAGUUGAGAAUUAUCUACAUUCCAUCUUAGCCGAAAAGGGACUGAAGGAUGUUAAAGUGGAAGUCGUCGAUGGAGCUGCUAAGAAGAAGAAGAAACCUGAAGGUGCCUAA